UCUUAUUGCUUGUAAAUGUAAAUAGUUUAUCUAAAGUUAGUAGAAUUUUUGAUAUGUAAUAAACGAACAUAAAAAAAAUUAUUCACUUCAGCUUGUUACAGUUUUGUUAACCGUUUAUGGGAAGAAUUUAAAGUUUAAAAGAUGAUUUCAUUCUUUAGAAGUAAUUAUAUAAUAACCAUUCUGAUCCUGUGUAUAACAUCCAAUAUACGCUUUUGUUCUUCGUUAAAUGACCCAUACGCUAUACUGGGAAUAACAAAAAUGGCAACAACAUACGAAAUAAGAGAAGCUUACAAGGAAUUAGCUAAGAAAUGGCAUCCAGAUAAAGUUAAAAAUGAUUACGGUGCCGAAAAGUUUAUACAAAUUAAACAAGCUUAUGAAAUUCUAGCUGACAUGGAUCGACGACGGAUUUUUGACCGGUAUGGAGUAUCGGAUAUUAACUCACAGUACUUUCAGAAGAAACAUGAUUAUAGUGAAUAUAAUCGAUUUACAUUAAAUCAGAAUGAUGAUGAUUUCGGACAACGGUUCAAUAUAAAGCAAGAUAUUGCAUUUUAUCAGAAGUUAUCAAUAACAACAAAUUACUUUGAGAAAAUUAUUUUAUCAAAAAAUGCAAAAAAAGUGCACGUUGUCAUGUUUUACAAUGAUUGGUGUUUUAAAUGCACUCGAAUUGUUGAUGCCUUCAAAAAAAUUGUUGAACUACUUCAGCCAAUAGGUAUUAACUUCGCAACGGUUAAUGCAGUGCAUGAAGAGUCCGUUUUUCGAAAAUGUGGCGCCCGAGAAGUGCCACAACUGGUUCUGAUUUUAGACAAUCAGUAUUUCGUAUAUCGCGAUCAUAGCUUUACCCCACAAAAAGUUGUUGAAUUUAUACGCAAAAAAAUACCAUUUAAUGUUUUCAAACGCAUCGAACAUGACAAUUUCAAUGAAUUUCUGGGAGGAUGGAUGGACAACAGAGCAAGAGCUUUGAUUUUUGAGCCUCGAAGUUUAACUAGGUUACGAUACCUUCUAACUGCCUUUGAAUUUUACGACCGAGUGGCAUUUGGAUUUGUGAAUACGAUUAGUAGGGAGUCAAGUAAUAUAAUAACUCGGUUUAAGGUCAAUACAAGCCUAGAUACACUUAUUUUAUUUAACGAGGAUACGACGACCUUUACAGCAAGUAUUUGUAUGCAAGAAAUACCGACUCAAAUUAUGCUGAAUAUUGUGGCUACUAAUCAAUUCUUGGCAUUACCUCGAAUAUCAUCACAGAACAUUAUGGAAAGUGUGUGCCCAACCGAAUGGAACCGACAAAGAAAGCGUCUGUGUGUUAUUCUUAUUACAGAGAAUAAUAAAAAAAAAGACAUUGAAACCGUCGCUCUAAGAGAUAUUGCUUUAAAUGUUGGCUACAGUUCAGAAAAAGUUCGAUUCGCCUAUAUAUUCAAGGAAAGUCAACCGGAUUUUAUUAAAGCAAUUUCCAAAGGAUCGUUUAAGGACAGUCUUAUACAAAUUGUCAUUAUUUGGCGCCGAGAUAAAAAACGUAUAAAGUAUGACUGGGUCUACGUUGCGAAACAGAAUGGCAACAGUUCACCGGAACACUUGAUAAAUUCAACUAAAGGCCAAAUUUCUAAUGCAGUGAAAAAGUUAUUAAAAAAUUCGGAAGCGUUAUGUUACGAAGCGAUUGUAGAGAACUUAUUUAACGAGCAUUCACAGGGAAUUUUAACUAAAUGGAUUUCUCAGUUCUUAUAUGUGGUCGAUUACCUAUCAGAUAAUAUUGAAGACGAGCACAUUUUGGCGGUUUUUUCUCUUUUAGGAACUAUUGCAUUUAUGUUUACUGUCGGAUAUGUAUUAAUUUACUUUGUUAGAGUUGAAGAGGAAAAUCUUAAGGCGCAUGGCCAACUUAUCGAUAUCCAAGAUCAGCGCCACAUCAAUUUUAUUCCGGAACUAAAAUUAUAUGAACUGAGAGCUGAAAAAUAUAAUGGGAUGGUUCGCCUACUUAAGCCCGGAUUCAGAACCUUACUUCUUAUCAAUGAUUGUCAAAGUCGGCAUAAACUUAUUCCGUACUUUCACAAGGCAGUUUGGCCAUACAGGAAGUCCAAAACAUUAUUGUUCGGGCAUAUGGUAAUUGAAAAAGGAUUGCCGUGGUUUUCGGAAAUUCUUCGUUUAUCCUUAAGUAAAAAUCGACAUUUGCAAGUCAAUCCCCGAAAUUGCGUUGGUACUGUUCUGGCACUCAAUGGCCACCGGAAAUAUUUUUGUAUGUAUCAUGCAAAGCACCCAGAGUCUGCUUUGGGAACAAAGAGGACAUUAAGGAAUACUCAAAAGCUUUUGGACGCAAAUGAGGAUCCUGAAAUUGGAAGGUUUCUGAAAAGAGAUUUCUUUGAAGAAUCAGAGUCAGAACCAAAUAUUCUUUUGGAGGAUCAUUUACUUAACGGUCUUGACAAUUGGCUUGAAAGAUUGUUUGAUGGAAGAACACAAAAAUACUACAUAAAUUAUUGGCCAGACUUUAUUACUAAGUGAUUUAUUUGACCGAUUCUUUGUAAAACCAAAUUACUUAAACUUUAUUACAUUUAAUUCUAAUAAAUAAUCUUGAUGGG